GGAUUCAAACAGCGUCGCUCACUGUUUACUGUCGCUAAUAGAUCGUGAACACAACUUUACUACUUACUUUGUCUACUGUAUGAAUAAAUUUGACGACUGGAUGUAUUUUAGUAAAAGGAUGUAGAUAGUUUGACUCACAUUAAAUGUGUAAAAGCCAAACCAGAAGUCACUUUGAGACUUCGUAACGUGAGGCGAGAUUUAUGAGCUAGCUCUCAUCAUCAUCAUCAUCAUGCUGCUAGAGCUGUCUUUUCUCAUUUUGACAUCAUGUGGGAUCGGAGAGACAAAGACAAGAAAUGUCCUUCUAAUAAUUGCUGAUGAUGCAGGUUUUGAGACGGAGGUGUAUAACAACUCAGUGGUUCACACCCCCCACCUGCGCUCUCUGGCCCAGCGUAGCCUGGUGUUCAGCAACGCCUUCACCUCCGUCAGCAGCUGUUCCCCCAGCCGCUCCACCAUCCUCACCGGCCUCCCGCAGCACCAGAACGGCAUGUAUGGGCUUCAUCAGGGUGUUCACCACUUCAACUCGUUUGAUGGAGUAGAAAGUCUGCCGUCGCUCCUUAGUCAAGCCAACAUACACACAGGUAUAAUUGGGAAGAAGCAUGUUGGCCCUGGAUCUGUGUACCCCUUUGAUUUUGCCUACACAGAGGAGAACAGCUCUGUCCUCCAGGUGGGGAGGAACAUCACCCGCAUCAAGCUCCUGGUCCGCAAGUUUUUCCAGACCCACAAAGAGGAAGUCUUUGAAGGAAGGCGAAAGAAAGAGAGUAAAGACAAGAGUAUAAAGAGUAUAAAAGAUGAAGAGAGGCCAUUUUUCCUGUAUGUUGCUUUUCAUGACACCCACAGAUGUGGACACUCGCAGCCCCAGUAUGGGGCUUUCUGUGAGAAGUUUGGGAAUGGUGAGAUGGGGAUGGGCAGAAUACCUGACUGGACACCAGAGUAUUACACACCAGAACAAGUAAAGGUUCCUCCUUUCGUGCCGGACACACCUGCAGCACGAGCCGACUUGGCUGCACAGUACACCACAGUCAGCAGGCUGGACCAAGGUAUCGGUUUGGUUCUUCAGGAGCUCAGGGACGCUGGUUAUGAGAACGACACUCUGGUCAUCUACAGCUCAGAUAACGGUAUCCCCUUCCCCAACGGCAGAACCAAUCUGUAUCACUCCGGGACUGCAGAGCCCAUGCUGGUGUCCUCUCCAGAGCACAGAGGACGAUGGGGAGACACCAGCCAAGCCUACGUCAGCCUGCUGGACAUCACUCCCACCAUUCUGGACUGGUUCUCUGUUCCCUACCCAUCAUACAGCCUUCCUGGCAGCCCCACCAGCCCGGUCCACCUCACCGGUCGCUCCUUACUUCCUGCUCUGGUCACUGAGCCCAGCGGCUGGCACACCGUCUACGCCAGCCAGUCCCUCCACGAGGUAACCAUGUACUACCCAACCCGGUCCAUCCACCAGGGGCCGUACCAUCUUCUCCACAAUCUACACUACCGAAUGCCCUUCCCCAUAGACCAGGACCUGUACGUGUCACCCACCUUCCAGGACCUGCUGAACCGCACGAGGCUGAGAGAGCCCACACACUGGUUCAAAAGCCUCGAGCAGUAUUACUACAGAGAGCGCUGGGAGCUGUUCGACUCCAGGACAGACCCCCUGGAGACGAGGAACCUGGUAUCAGACCCGUCCUACAGCAGCGUGCUGGAGAGCCUGAGGCAGAGUCUGCAGAAGUGGCAGUGGGAGACGGGGGACCCCUGGGUCUGUGGACCCGACUACGUCCUGGAGGACAAACUAGAGCCGCACUGCAGACCACUCUACAAUGGACUCUAAUGGUAUUUUCACUCAUCUUGACUGACAUAAUGUAUAUGAACACAUCGCUCUUAUAAAAGAAAUGACAAGUAUUUGUAGUUUUAUGUUAGAAUAAAUGUUGCUUUUAAUGUUUAAAAAUAAACUUGAA